UCCAGUUCUUCAAACGGUGAAAAUUCAAGACACAUUCUCUCAUUAAGAUUUCAUCUCUUUGACAAUCAGAUGGCCGAGAAGCCUAAAGUACAUGACCUUCCAGUAGAGUCAUCCAAACAUGGUCUAAGCACCACUGGUCCCAAAUACACUCUGGAUAAAAGGUUGAAAUCGCAUCUUAACGAAGAAAACAUUUCUUCACUUGAUGCGUCAGUUGGUGAGCAGAGGCAAAGAGACUCCAGAUUUAAUGAUCCGAACGAAUCCGAGAAAAUCAGAGCCGUUGAGGUUCUUCAACAAAUGGACAGCCUCCAACGCCAAGCAUUUCUAAAAGGAAUUUCAGGAAACUGGUUAAAGAAAGAACUUCUUACGGACUCGUGGAAAAAUUUAAAGAGCUGCUCUGAGUCUGAAGACAAAGGAGAAAAAGACGUGGACAUAAAGGGGAAGAAGCAAGUUAUAACUAACACGGAAUACAGUGAAGUAUUGGAUCAAUACUUGCCCGAUCACAUAAAGGCAGAGUACCACGUUUUGGAGCAUGUUCAGGAUAUGCCUAAUUCUGUGACGAAGAUUCAGUUGUCAAAACUUGAUCCUCGAAUUGCAAAUUUUAUAUCUCUUAUUCGCAAUAACAACAUGAUGAAGCAACAAAUCAUGGGCUUAGGGUACGAUGCAACAUCAUUGACGAAGGAUAUAUAUGCAAAGGAAGAUCCACUGUAUUCAUGGUAUCAAUGCCUUCAAUGUGAGCUUGAACCAAUUGAAGCUGAGUCCAAAGAAUACUCCAUGAUUAAGACAUAUCUACAGAACACUGACACAGAAGUAUCUUAUAAACUUAAUAAUAUAUUUAGGGCUUCGAGGCAAGGUGAAAGUGAACGUUUUGAAAAGUUCUCUGGCACAAAAAAUAGAAUGCUUUUGUGGCAUGGUUCUCGACUGACAAACUGGGCUGGCAUAUUAUCACAAGGUUUACGGAUUGCUCCUCCAGAGGCACCUGUAUCAGGUUGUGAUUUUGGGAAGGGUGUUUAUUUUUCCGAUAUGUUUUCCAGAAGUGUGGGUUAUUGUGUGGCAAACAGCAAAUCUCCAGAUGCUGUGUUACUUUUGUGUGAGGUUGCACUGGGUGAUAUGAACGAGCUUCUGACUUUGGAUUGCAACGCUGACAAGUUACCUAAGGGAAAGCUCAGCACAAAAGGAGUUGGUAAAAUUGCACCCGACUUAUCAGAAGCACAGGUUCUGGAAGAUGGUGUAAUUGUUCCACUUGGAUUGCCCAAAGAGCAAUCUUAUCCCAUGGUUGCAUGCAGGCAUAACGAGUACAUAGUGUAUAAUGUAGAACAGAUUCGGAUGCGUUAUGUUGUUCAUGCUAAAUUCUGCUAUACUCAUGAGGGAUAAACUUAAAAAUUUUCCAGUUUCAAGGAAGAUCAUGCCCAAUUCGGUUUAGAAGUUUGAACUGUAAAAGUAAAACCAUAUUGUAUACUUAUAAAGUCAUUUCAAUCAUUUUUAAAUAUUGCAAACGAGUUAUGUCAAUGUCAUGUAGAAUUUCUUAUAUCAUGGACUGUCAUCAAUGAUUAUAUUAUUUCACAUACAGUAUAAGGUUCGCCUUGUGAUGUUUUAUGGUUCACUUCGCUGGGAUUGAUAGCUGAUUCAAUAUCAAUUCGUCACAAAUUAAGCCCAGAAAAGAUA